CUAAGACGGUCCAGUGCACCCGCCAAGAAGGAGUAGAUGGGAGGAGAGAGCUCAUCUUCCUCCCCCCCGUCUUUGCUUCCUUCUUCUACUACUCAUUUACAACCUGACCUCUUUCCUGAACCCUUUUCCUGUAUUGCCUCGAAUAGUCGAAGACGAAUGAAAGUUGUGGCAGUAACUGUGUUGGUUUGUUGUGGUCUCAUCGUAUGGCAUGACAUGCCUCCGGGGAAACUCGGGAUGAAAUCUGCUUACAUUAGUGCGUAUUUAGUAAAAGUUACGAGGUGGUCGGCAGUCUUAACAUUUUAUUAACAGAUAAUACAUUCACUGUCAUGAAUAUACAUCAUCCUGCUGUUUUUAGGACAUCAUGACCUUAAAAACCUCAUCAUACAAAAUGAUAUGUACAGGUAAAGGGCAAGUGGGAGAAGGGCGACAGCCCUUCCCUAAGUGU